GCUGACAGUGAUGGUGUUUCUACAUCAGAUUUUGUUUUCCACAAAGUUGUCCAGUGUUGUGAUCCACAGCAUUGUGAGUUUAAAUCUAAAUACAGAUACAGACAGCAGCACUUGUCAGUGUAAUCAUAAAAACAUUUACAUUACAUUUUUGUAAGACUUUUGCUGUUUUUCCUGAUACCAUACUAAACUAUAUGCAUAAUAUGCUUUUAGAUUUAUGCUACAUCUUGCAAGGCAGACAGAUGGAGUGAUUGUAACAAAUGACAACAUGAGAGACCUUGUGGAUGAAUCAUUUGGAUGGAAAGAAAUAAUCAAGACAAGAUUGCUCCAGUACGUGUUUGCUGGGGACCUCUUUAUGGUGCCGGAUGAUCCUCUAGGCCGAAGUGGACCUCAUAUUAAGGACUUCUUACGGUCACAAAACAGGCCCCCUGUUCCAGGCAAUCACACAUUUGCUGGUAUGGCCUCAAAUUUCCCCCAACUUGCCUCUCAGCCCAGACCUCAGACAGAAGUGCUGAACUACCGUGAACGGACACCUGGGGGCAUCAGCAGACCUCAAGGGGCAGUCAGAGGUCAUUCCCAGAGCAGAAAGGAGAGGUCAGCAGAGGAGACACUUAGGUUGAAGCAGGAUUUGCUGCAGAUUUUUCCAGGGCAGGAGAGUGUGAUCAUAAUGACCCUACAGUGCUACCCAGGUGAUACAGAUAUUAACCGACUGUCAUAUUACAUUCUGGAACAAGUAAGUUCAGAGGAGUAGACUUUGAUAUGAGAGAAACUGGCUCAAAAAUAUAAAACUUUGAAAGCAGACUAUGCGUAAAUCUAUGGUCUAUGGGCUUGUAUUCACAAAGUGUUUAAAAAUAACAGGGAAAGCCAGAAACUCUUGAUAUUAAAACAUAAAAACUAUCAGUCCUUAAAUUUUAGAUGUGAAGUGUUAGUUAUUUGCAGUGCUACAAAAAAUGUUCAUUGGCUUGGAAUUUGAUCUGUUUCAUCUGUUGCUAAAAAAGUUCAGAAAAUACAGUAGGUAUAUUUUGGACCAGCUCUGUGUAAACAUAAUCCUCAUUUAGUCUUGUGCAUUCCUAUUUAAAAUGAUUUACUGAUCAAAACAGCGAUUCCUUCAUUUUUUCAUAUCAGAUAUUUACCUAAAUUACUCUUUCUUUU